AUGAAGAAUAUAGAAAUCGUCCUACAAUACAGACACAACGCAGCAUUAAUAAAGAUCAGUAGGGGGCAGCAUUGCAUCAGUGCAGCGUCUAAUCUGCCCAACCGGAAGAAGAAGAAGAAGAAGAAAAGGAGGAAGCGGCAAAAUUUGACCGAUUUAACCUUCACCUACGAUAGAACUGAAACUUUCUCCACUUUCGGUGUCAGACCAGGAAUAAAUCAUGCCUCCUGCCCGACUGAGCCGAUCCAGGCUGAAGAAGGUGAUGAUGUUACACUUCAGUGUCAUGUGGAUCACUCCGUCAACCUGACCAAAUACACACUGGAUUUUACCAGAGCUGACCUCAGCAAAAAGAUCGUCCACGCAUAUCGACAUGGAAAGGACGAUCCCGACCCACAGAUGAGUGAGUACAGAGGCAGGACGACUCUGAUCCAUGCAGACCUGAGCAGAGGAAACAUGACUCUCCUCAUCUCCUCAGUACAGAUGUCUGACACUGGACAGUACAGAUGUUUUGUCCUAGACCUGGCAGCCAGCUGUACCAUCGUCCUUAAUGUUGUGAAAAAAGACAAAGACAACAGGAGAGAGCCCAGUGACUUCACAACAAUGACACCUCUAGACUUGAAAGAAAAUCCUGGAGCUGAAGAGGAGAAGAGGGUUGGUGCCAUUGUUGGUGGUGUUCUUGGUGUUGUUGCUCUUGUUAUCCUCAUUAUUAUCGGAGUCCUGGUGAAACUUGGAAUAAUCCAGAAAACACGUGGAGCUAGAAACCAGGGACGAGUGCUGGGAGACGUGUUGUGAUGGUCGAUGGUCGGACGGCUGCUGGAGAGAGAACGACCAAAAACCUCUCUGGUUUCACCAGCUUUAACAGUUCUGCCAAAGUUUUAACUCAACAAACAGUUAAACCUCCCUUCAGGGACUAGGCCAAGUAUUUACACACCUCAAACACACCAGCAACACUGAUUUAAUCUGGUUACUUUCAUUGAUCUCCUGAGCCAGUCAACAACGAGCCCUGGACAAAAUCUACAGGAUACAGGUCAGCUGACAGGUGAAUAAAAUAGGAACAAAACCUGUGACAUCAGUGAUCAGUGAUCAAUAAUACCAGUCAAACCUCUUGCCCCUUCUCACCCAGGUAGAGCAGGGCGUUCACCAACCAGGUGGUCAGUGGUUCAAUCCCAGGCUCCUCCAGUCCAAGUGGACAAGUGACUGAACCUUAUACUGUCCCCGAUGUAUCAUCGGUUUAUAGAUACAAUAAGUACUGUAUGAAUGAGUGAACGAGUGAAUGUGAUGUGUAAAGUCAAUAUAGAAAUACAGUCCAUUUAUCUUUUUCAUUCAGUUUUUCCAUUUUAUGCUAGUUUACAUUUCCACUCCAUUUUAUUUAUUUGGAAACAGACCAGAUGAAUAAUGUUGUUAUCUCUCAGAGAAGUUGGUGCUUAAACGGCUAUGCAAGAGCUAAAUGAGGCGUAGCAUGUUUUGUCUGUGAUGUGAUGAUCAAACUGCCAAUAGUUUGGUUUAUAAUCAGGUACAGGAGCUACUUGUAAAACUCACUACAUUCCCAUCAACAUCAUCAAUUUAACAUUUGAAUGGUGAGCAAAAAUUAACUAUGGUUUAAUAAAUGUUUUUAUUUAUUUUACCAGUA